CCACCAUCGUCCAACGCCUGCCCCAGUGGAUGAACAUCGCCGACACCCCGCACAUGCUGCAGGGCUGAGCCCGACACCCCCCACAGCUGCAGCCGGCCGCGCUCGCAAACGCAAACGCACAUGCGCUUCCCGACGAUCACACCGCCGCAGACUCGGCCUAUCGUCGCGCAUCGUCCCCCUCCCCCCCUUCGUUCCUGACAACAUCGAUUCCAUCGCAUCUGAUUUCCUCGUGCGCGGAAGCCCAUGGAGCAGCGCCCAGCAAAGCGCCGGAAAGGCAACGGCGUGAUCCUCCAGCCAAUCGCCAUCACACGAUGUGCAAUCCCACCCAAGCUCAAAUCCAGCAAACCCGUUGUACCGGACGGGAAGCGGCAACCUGACUACCAGCGCACCAUCCCCGGUUGGCGCAGGAUCGCUGGCAACGGUUGGGACCAGCUGGCGCGCUGGGAGUGCAGCGAAACCCUGAUCGAGCUGCGCAAGCGCGCAUACACAUGGUCUGUCGCGCGCCUGGAAGAUACUGCUGCGCGCGCUUUGGAAGAAUUGUACCAGCCUUUGCUUGAUGACAUUCAAGAUAUACUCAAUGAGCUCGCUUGUGAAGGCGGUCCAGGCCCGAGACACUUUGUGCCAGUUUCCUUUCUCUACGGCAAUGGCGCUCUGCAUCACACCUCAGGCGGCGCCGACUACGCGCGACGAGGCUGUGGGUCGGGUUUGCAUACGAUCCUGUUAACUGGAACCGAUCCGCAUACAUCGGUCUUCCGCCAAUUGCAGCAGCACCUCGCAGAGCACACACGCCAAAACCACAGCACCCUCAUCAUCCAUGCCGAGCUAUCCGCUGCCGAAUGCUGGUCUCUCCCUUCAGCCCUGAGACUCGUCUUGGCUCGCCUGAGCGCACGGGUGACCUCGGCGCUCCGCGAGCACCUGCGCCUGCGUGAUGGCGAGCGCGGCGACGAAGCUGAGAAUAACUCUGUGCAAGCAGCGCAGCAGUAUGCCGCCGCUGCUGCGUCGGGCGACACGCUCGCAUUCCAACAGUUGCUGCAGCUGUACGCCUCCGCUGCGAGCCACACGGGCGAGGGAGCUGGCGAGCGCACCGUCAUGUGCGUUCUUGUCGUGCCCAAUGUCGCGUCCGCCGAUCAGCAAUGCGUCAGCGAUAUCCUGCAGGUGCUCCUGCGCUGCGCUAAUCCAGAUCUGCUGAGCACGUACGCAAGGGUAGGACGGGAAGAGCCAGGGGAAUCCACCAACAGCAGCAGCAUCGAACCGCUUUUACGCGGGAAGGUCGUCCUUAUCGCCAGCGCGCUGUCCAAUGAAACCUGGCUGGACGCUUUCCCUUUCGAUACUCUGCGCUUGAUGGAGAUCGAGCAUCUCUGCGUGCCGGAUCCGCGUGCGCUAUUCGACGUCAUUAUUGGGCGGCUCUUCAUGCCGACAGCAGCAGCCGCAGCGGUGAAUGGGACAUCGCAAGACGAGGACCGAGGCGCACAAGCACAAGAAGAGAACGCGCUCUUGCCGAUCUCCCUUGGCUUUGACGUGCUCAACACCUUGCGCCAGAUCUACGAGCAUUCAGAAGCAGAUGUCGACAAGCUCGUUCAUGCCAUGCGCCUCGCGUUCCUCCACCACUACACUGCCAAUCCGCUCGCAGGUUUGAGCGCGCUCAUCGACCCGCCCUCCGAAGGUUGCAAGAUCCUCGCCAACUACCAUAUGCGCUGGACAGCAGACUUUUGGACCAUGAUCCGCGUCCGCUUUGCUAGGGACACUAGCGCGAUCAACGACGCCGGUGCUGACGAGCUCUCGGCGCGCGCGCAGCGCGACGUCGCUGCUGCGCUCGACGUGUCCUCCUGCCUCGCCGCAGAUGACGCGGACGCAGGCACCGGCAGCGCCGAGGGCGAUGCCCUAUCACGCAUGGGCGUGCUCGUCAGCCACAGCCGCGCUCUGUACCUUUGGCAUGCACACGCGCGUCCCUUGGGAAUUCGCAUCAUCCAGGCGAUUGCCGCGAGCCUCUUCCAGCUCAGCCUACUUCCUGUAGCUGCAGUCCCAUUGACAUCGUCCCUGGCGUCCGGCCCCGCAGCGGCGGAGACGAUGUGGGGCGCGACGCAACUCCUACGCGUGGCCCUCGACCCAAGCGAGGAGAGCGUGGACGCCGUCGACGCCGCGAUAAGCAGGGAAAUUGAUGCGGCGGACUGGGUCGAUGUGCUACGUGCCCUGCAGCGCGCCCAGGCACCAGCAGCAGCUGCAGCUGCGCAGAUGCGCGACACCCAUGCUCCGGACGGCGAAACGGCUGUGAUGGCCGAAUAUCGCAUCAUGCUCGAACGUGCGCCUUCCAAGCUGCAGGCACUCAUCGGGCGAAUCCAAAGUGUCCUGGACGCAACGGGCCGCCCGCAACCGGCUGCUGCUGCACCUGGUGGCGCGCCGGGCCUCGCGCAGCCACAGGCCGAGGAAGCUGGGCUGCGGUACGCGAUUAAGCAAUGGCUCGGCAACUUGCUGGACACCAUUCUACGACCUCCAGAGUUGCUCUUCCCUCUUAGUGCGAUUUACUACACUGGGCCUAGCACUGCUCUCUACUUGCAGCGCCACCUGCAAUCUACACCCCGCGCAAAUAUCCAGCUAGCGCUGGAAGCGCCGGAGCUCUGCUUCGCCAGUGCGCUUGAGCGCUUCCAGGCCUCAGACCUCAAGCCUCCGUCCUUGUCCGCCAGCCUGGACCUCACGACACACUACGCCGAGCUCAACGCGGCCGCCACGUGCGAGAUCCUGCCGGACGUUGCGCAGAUGUACGCGCUCUGGCUCGAAGUCGGUGAUGCGAGGGUCAUCAACCUCGCAGACUGGUACAACGUCUUCAAGCAGACGUUGCAGCAGAAGCGCCACUUCUCCCGGCCGUCAGCGGCUGGAGGAGGCGGCAGCGAGGGUGCUGGGCCCGGAGGAGCCGCAGGACGAGGGGAUGCAGAAGCAGGAGACACUGCUAUCGACAGCGAUACGCUACGUGCGGGUGUAGAGAACGACCCGAGCGUCGCUGCCUUCCACGGCCUCGAGUCCAUAGCGCCGUCCCGCGGUCAUCGCCCGCGUCCCGGGCGCUUGCGCCAAUUCAUUGGUGACAGGGCCGACAUGGCGGAAGAGCGCGAGAUUCAGGCGCGCUUCGCGAUGGCCAUCUACCAACUCGCGUCCAUGGGCUUCGUCAGGGGCACACAGCGCAAAGCGGAGCAUGUCGCCAAGGCCAUCUUCGACCUGCCUGUCCUCCCACAGGCGCAGCCGUGAUCGAAUGAUGAUGGAGACAAGCAAAGCUGCGAUUUGGGUCCGUGUACAUCUCAUUGCACGAAUCAAAGAUCUUCC